CAUUUUUAUUUAUGUCUUGGACAUAAGAUUUUCCCAGGAAAAGCUGGCGUCUAUUUAAUUUGGUAGUUUCUGUGGCGUCUGAUCUGCGUUUCUCUUAUUGUCUUUAUACUCGUCAUGCGCAACAGGCUCCACCAGCGUGCCAGUUCUUUCAUGCUUCCUUAGCACCAUUCUUCUUUAGACAAAUCUAACUCUUAUCAGAUCUCACAUUCUCUUUUGGGUCCUCUCUCCAUUUUCUUACCUUGCUGAAACCUGUGUUCUCGUUAUUCAAUGAAAGAAGAAACCCAGUGACCUACCAUUCGUAAUUAUUUCAUGCAGAUUUUUGGUUUCAGAAUAUGAAAAUUUUCCGGGUUUUUUUCCUUUAUCUGCUCUCUGCAAUUUUUCUCGUUUUGCUUACUCACAUUUCAACUGCACAGCUGACACCAAGUGAGAGUAGAAUUCUCUUUCAAGUUCAGAAAAUUCUUGAAUAUCCUCAGGUUCUUCAAGGAUGGAACAAGUGGACCAACUUCUGUUAUCUUCCUUCUUCACCUUCUCUCCAGAUUGUCUGCUAUAACAGUCAUGUAAUAGAACUAACAAUCGUUGGAAACAAAACUUCUAAUUCCCUUCAAACUCUUUCUGAAAGAUUUUCCAUUGAUUCUUUCUUCACUGUCUUGACAAAGCUUUCAAAUUUGAAGGUACUUUCAAUAGUGUCCCUGGGUUUGUGGGGUCCUUUACCUGCCAAGAUCAGCAGGUUCUGGUCUCUUCAAGUUCUGAACUUGAGCUCAAAUUCCAUUCAUGGGGAGAUCCCACCGUCAAUCUCUUCCAUGAAAAGUCUCAGGAGUCUGGUCUUGGAUGAUAAUUUGUUCAAUGGGACUGUCCCAGAUCUUAAAAGAUUGACUUCUCUUGAAGAACUCAAUCUGGGAAACAAUAAACUGGGUCUUGAGUUCCCUUCAUUAGGCAACAGUCUUGUAAGUUUAGUGUUGAGAAACAAUUCUCUGAGUUCUAAAAUUCCUUCGGAGUUUAAUCAUUUUGACAAGCUUCAAAAACUUGAUAUUUCUUCCAAUGAAGUUUCUGGAAACAUCCCAUCUUCUCUGUUCUCUCUGCAUUCCAUUCAGUAUCUGAACCUGGCAGAAAACAAACUAAGCGGUUCACUUUCAAUGAAAAUUAGCUGUGGCUCUUCUCUGACCUUUGUGGAUAUCUCAAACAAUCUCUUGGUGGGAAAUUUGCCAUCCUGCAUCGGAUCAACGUCAAAGUCCUCAAAUCGCACGGCUUUGUAUUCCGGGAAUUGCUUGUCCAUGAGAGGCUCGAAAGAUCAACACCCAACUUCAUAUUGCAAGAAAGAAGAAGCUUUAGCUGCUAAGCCUCUUGAAGGAAACAAGUGGAACUCAGACAUGAGAAUAGGGUUAAUACUUGGUAUAAUUGGAGGGUCUGUCGGAAUUUCAGCGCUUCUAGCUCUGGUCAUUCUUCUCAUCUUGAGGAAGACCAAAGCAGAAAGAAUUGACAAUCAUGUAGACAGAUCUGUUGCUGAUAAAUCCUCUGUUCAUGCAUCCCUGAGACCAAACACUGAUACAAGACGCGUUCCGCAGACUAUGAGGCUGGUAGCAAUUGGACUUCAACCAUACAGAAUCUUCACAUUAGAGGAAAUAGAGGAGGCAACAAACAAUUUUGACCCAUCAAAUCUGAUAGGAGAAGGAUCAGAGGGACAGCAAUAUAAAGGAUGGAUCAGAGAUGGAUCUGUGGUCCUGAUUAACUGUGUAAAGCUAAUGCACAAUAAUGUGACCCAAAACCACAUUGACGUGUUGUCCAAUUUGAGGCAUAGGCAUUUGGUGAGUGUUAUUGGACACUGCCUAAUAGCCUCUCAGGACCAUCAGCAGACAGCAACCACACUCUUCCUUGUUUAUGAACACUUCUCAAAUGGGUCAUUGAGGGAUCAUUUAACAGAUUGGAGAAAGAAGGAAGUGCUGAAAUGGCCACAAAGAAUGGCGAUCACCAUAGGAAUUGCAAGAGGGAUCCAGUUUUUACACACAGGAAUUGUUCCUGGUAUAUUUGGCAAUAAAAUAAAGAUUGAGAAAAUUCUUUUGGAUGAUAGUCUCGGUGCAAAAGUGAGUGGAUAUAACAUUCCAUUGUUAUUCAAUCAUAUUGACAGCACUGACAACACCGCGGAAAAGGAAGAUAUAUAUCAGUUUGGUGUCAUUCUACUGGAAGUUAUCACUGGCAAAUCAAUUUCUUCUGUCAAUGAAGUGGAGGAGCUGAAAGAUGAGCUAGAGAGAAGUAUAUCCGAAGCAGCAUCAGUACUAAGAGGAGUAACGGAUCCCACAAUCAGGGGAAGUUAUGCGUACGAUUCAAUGAGAACCACAGUUCAGAUUACCAUCAGCUGCCUCAGUGAAGUUUCUAGCAUGCGCCCUUCAAUAGAAGAUGUUCUCUGGAAUUUGCAGUACGCAAUUCAGGUCCAAGAGAACUGGAGCAGCAGCGGAAAUCUGGGACUUGGUACCAGAUUUUAGAACACUCCAAUUCAAAGUAAAUUUCUGCUCAAGGUUCACAUAGCACAUUAAUAAUAAAGAAUUAAUUCGAGUGUCAAUAUAUAAUAACUUCUGCAAUGUCAUUAAAGAUGACAUUCUUCAAACAUUACUGUUUAGGUGCCUAUCAAAUGUUUAUCGUUCAGGGAAACAUGCUUCAUAUUUUAUUAUCUGGAAAUUGUAAUUUCUCUGUUUGACUCUU